AAUUCAAAAUUGGGUACAUACGUUUAAACGUUAUGGGUACAGACCAUUUUAAGAAGUUGAAUGAUGUCGAAAAAAAAAAUUUCAGCGAACAAAUGAGUAUAGAAAUUGCAAAAUGUAUUCCAGUUGACAGACAAAGAAUAACUUAUUUAAAUCAUUUUGUUAAUUAUAAAGAAAAUGCGGAUUUUAUUACAUUUAAAAUAAAUCCCCCAAAUGAAAAUAAUUUUAACAAAAAAAGUUCAAAAGAAGUCUUUGAGGAUUUUAAUAAAUUAUUUGAUGUUAAUGGCUAUACGACAGCGUUGGAUAUUUAUAAUAAUACACAGUUUAUCGAUAAAAAAUUUGGAUUUCAUCAAAUAACUAAACGAUGGGAGGAGAUUAAAGGAAUUGUGCAAGACUACAUUAAUCCAACAACUAUCGUACUUUUCGUAAUAUCCGCUUUCCUGUUGACUGGCUUGUAUUUGUUUGGUCGAUAUAAAAAUCCAAUGGGAUUCAAUAUAAUCGUGUUUAAAGCUGCUCUUAUUAUUUUCGAUAUUGUAGUUGAUAUAAAUUUUAUUGUAAAAAAUAAAGAAGAUUUGCAAAAGUUAUUAAUUCCAAGCAUAGUGUUUAAUAUUUUUCCAAUUAUUAUAAAUAUAUGCUUAGCUUUUUACAUAUUCAUAUUUGAGACAAGAAAGAAUCCAAAAUUUGCCGAUUGGUUUAGAGAGAAUUCGAAAUUAGCCGCGAUAAUUACACUAUUUAGUUCGGGAAAUGUUGAAUUACUUCAUCUGCUUGAUUCCAACUUUGCAGGUUAUAAAUUAUUUUCUGCUCCAUUUUCUUCAAAAGCAUUACGUUGGAUAUUUUGGGGUGGUUUUUCGAAUAUUUUUAUUGAAGACUUACCACAACUAAUAAUUCAGAUAAUAUAUGCCACAACUCUUAAUACAGAAUAUAAUAUAUAUGCUUUAUCAGCUUUGGUUACAGGAUCA